CAGCGCGGGGGGGGCGGGGCCCCGGUGCGGUCCCGGCAGUCCCGGGGAUCCCGGGGAUCCCGCUCCCGUCCCGCCAUCCCGGGGGUCCCGGCAGUCCCGCCGCCAUGCGAAAAUUCUUCCAGGAGAUCAAGGCCGACCUGAAGUUCAAGACGGCGGGGCCCGGGCAGAGGCUGUCGGAGCCGUCCCGGGCCCCGAAGGAGAAGCCAAAGGCCGAAGAGGCUCCCGGGCCCCGCCCGGGCCCGACGGACGAGGCGCGGAGGGCGGCGGCGGCGGCGGCGCUGGCCCGGCUGGAGCUGAAGGGCAGGGGCAAGGCCGGCCCCGGGCAGGAGGCCGCCAGGAGCCGGGUGAGGAAGGAGCUGAUGGCUGAGGCAGCUGCCAGUGAGAAGGAGGUGGACACAGAGGAUCACAGCUCCUCGGACAAGGAAGGGGCAGCUGCCCCCUCUGUUUCAGGGAUCUACUUCAUCUGCCCCUUGACCGGCGUGGUUGUGAGGAAAGAGCAGAGGGAAAAGCACCUCAGGGAAGCCAUCCAGUCGUAUUUCUCCAUAGAUCCUGUGGCUGCUUCCAUCAUGGAGAUUCACACCUUCAACAAGGACCGGGAGAAGGUCCGAGUGGGCGUGGAGACCAUGGCCAAAUACCUGGAUAACAUUUAUCUCCAUCCAGAGGAGGAGAAGUACCGGAAAAUCAAACUACAGAACAAGGUGUUCCAGGAAAGGAUAAGCUGCCUGGAAGGGGUUCACAGAUUUUUCCAGGCUGUUGGGUUUGAGAUGAAAACGCUGCCAGUUUCAGGCCAAGAGACCCCAGAGGAGUUCUACGUGCUGAAGGAAGACGUGCUGACCAGGCUGGAAGAUCUCAAGGACCACAAAGAGCAGCUGUUGAGCUCGGAGCCCGUGCGGGCCCAGCUGGACCGGCAGCUCCAGCUCUUCCAGCCCUCCCCGGCAGCCGCUCGAUUCGAGCUGCCCGAGGACUUUUACAGCCUGAGUGCAGAGGAGAUCAGACGGGAGCAGCGGCUCCGGACAGAAGCAGUGGAGAAGGCUGCACUGCUGAGGACCAGAGCCAUGAGAGAGAAGGAGGAGCAGCGGGAGCAGCGCAGGUACAACUACACCCUCCUGCGCGUGCGCUUCCCCGACGGCUACAUCCUGCAAGGGACCUUUUAUGCACGAGAAUCAGUGUCUGUGCUCUACAGCUUUGUGAGGAAAGCCCUCCGAGAUGACUGGCUGCCCUUUGAGCUGCUGGGACCUGGAGGUCUCAAACUGACUGAUGAGAACUUGGCCUUCAACGAAUGUGGGCUGGUGCCCUCAGCCCUCCUGACUCUCUCCUGGGAUGCAGCAGUCAUGGCAGACAUCCAGGAAUCCAGAGAGGAGCAACCAGCAAGUCCCCUGAAACCAGAACUUCUCUCCAGAGUCCAGACACUGUCAUGAAAUAAAAGGCAGUGAAUCCCAUGCUGGUGGUUUUAGACUGAUCCCUCCUUUUCCCCAGGGAGACUUGUUGGGGUUCCCAGCUCCCUUACCUGGGAGGGGGCUCUGGUUUAGCUGUGUAGAGGGGAGCCUGGAUCCUGCCAUGGCCCCUCCACAGCUCCACACAAAGGUGAGGAGACAAAGAGCUUCUCAGAAUGGCUUUGAAAACCACCUUCUGGAGGUGUUUUUCCAGGACCACAGUGAAACAUCAUCCUCUUCCCUUGGAGGAAGGGGGUUAGGGGCUCAUCCUAGGCUGGAUUUACCAAUUGAUUGAGCCUGGAUAUCAGGCUGGGCUUAGAACUCAGCUUUUCCUUUUGCUUCUGUGUGCACUGUAACUCCUAUUGGAGAGAAUACAUUUAGAGCAAAUGAGGCUUCAUCUGAUUAAAUGGAAUAUUUAAA